AUGGACACGAUAAUGUGGGAAAAGGAGCCGAAUGUGACUGAGGAUUUUUCAACUAAAACGGCCUGGGAUUCUCUGCGAAAUUCGGGUCAAGAGGUGGAUUGGUAUAGGAUGGUGUGGUCGUCUUUCUCUAUUCCACGACAUGCUUUCCUAUGUUGGUUGAUUUGUCGAAGAAAGCUUGCUAUGCAGGAUCGGAUUCAAAUGUGGAAUAAUGCAGCUAGUAACAUGAAUUUAAUGUCAUAUCUCUUAUGUAACAGGGGGCUGGAAUCGCAUGAACACCUUUUCUUCGAGUGUCCAUACUCCAGCAAAAUUUGGUGUUCUCUACGUGCAAAGGUUGACAUGUCCCAGACUGAUGGAAAAUGGGAUGAUGUGCUAGCAUGGUUAAUUCUGAAUGCAAACUCUAAAUUGGCGAUUUGGGUGAUACGAAAGCUGGUGGUUGCCGCUAUUGCUUAUUAUGUGUGGCAGGAAAGGAAUGCGAGAUUUUUCAAUAACCAAUUAAGGCCGCCGGAGAAGUUAGAAGAACAGAUUACAGAGACAGUUCGCUUGAAGCUACACUCUUUUAAGUUCAAGAGUAACGAGUGGGUUACAAGACUAUUGAAGAUUUGGAAGAUUUCAUCGUUGGAUGAAGCGGAUACCACCUAA